AUGGCCACGCAAACCCCGUCAGACCUCCCAUCGUGGCAAAAGUCGGUGCCGACUAUCCACAACAUGGAGCACUCGCAAUCAAUGCGUGUAGUCUGGGCUUUGCAGGAGAUACAGGACGCCAAGGGUCUCAAGUACCACAUCAAGACCUAUCCGCGCCAGCAACCCAAGAACUUUGACCUGCUCAAGGUGUCUCCGCUGGGCAAGUCGCCCAUCCUCACCGUAGAAACCCUGGACGGGAAACCUCUGCCCAAUGUGCAGAUUCGCGACGGCAUCCUCAUGGAGUCGGGGCUCAUCAUACAGUGGAUCGCCGACAAUUGCGGAGGUCGUGAGCUCUGGGAGCCCGAGGACGACCAGGACAAGCGACGCAAUGAAUAUUUUCGGCAGUUUGCCUAUGGCUCCCUUGUCGAGCGCGUCGAUCAAGCCAUGCUCUUCGAGGUCAUGGCAUUCAUGUCGCCAUUCCCACUCAACCACAUAAUGGGGCUGAUUCUCAGGCCCCUCGCCAACAUGUUCAAGAGCUUUCUGAUAAUUUUUCUGGACUUGAUGGAGAGCGAGCUCAGCGAGGAGCGGCCCUGGUUCGCGGGCAGGAAGUUGGGAGAAGCAGACUUUGCCAUGGAGUUUCCCUUGUCCAUGGCAAUUACACGAGGCUAUGUCGACAAGGAGAAAUAUCCCAAGAUUCACAAGUGGUACGACAUGGUCACGGCUAGACCUGCCUAUCAAGAAGCUAUCAAGAAGGGCGGGGGUCCAAAGAAAUAUGAUCUGGUUAGAUUCGGCAUGUGA